CGAAGGCGAAUCUAGGCUGGGUCAUAUGACCCAAUGUGGGAGGAGCUGCGCUGCGCCUGUCAAUCAAUACCGCAGACGUUUGGGAAGUUUAUUAUGGCGGAUGCAUGAUGGACGCGGAUCUAGUGCUGGCUAUCCAGCUGCAGGAGCAGUAUAACCGGGAGGAGGCCGGGGAGAAGCGCCGGGGUCAGGCCUCCAGGCCGUCCGCCAGCAGCGCCCAACCCCCGCUCACGGCAGUGGUGGACCCCUCCUGGGAGCUGCUGGACCCCAGCCCCAAUAUCCACGAGCUCUUCCUGCAGUUCAAUGAGAUGUUCUUCUGGGGGAAGCUGGUCGGGGUGGAGGUGAAGUGGAGCCCCCGGAUGACGCUAUGCGCCGGAGUCUGUUCUUAUGAAGGGCGAGGAGGUUUGUGCUCUAUACGUCUCAGUAAACCUCUCCUGAUGCUCAGACCAAGGAAAGACCUUGUAGAGACGCUCCUCCAUGAGAUGAUUCACGCUCUUCUGUUUGUUACUGACAACAAUAAAGACCACGAUGGUCACGGGCCUGAGUUCCACAAACACAUGAACCGUAUAAAUGGUCUCACGGGUUCUAAGAUAUCGGUUUUUCACAGUUUUCACGAUGAGGUAGAGGAAUACAGAAAACAUUGGUGGCGCUGUAAUGGACCCUGUCAGAAUAGACCUCCUUAUUAUGGUUAUGUUAAGCGUGCAAUGAACAGGGCUCCAUCCAGACUAGAUCCAUGGUGGGCCGAACAUCAGAGGUCUUGUGGAGGAACGUUUAUAAAAGUGAAGGAGCCAGAGAAGAAAACUGGAAAAGACAAGAAGAAAGAAGACCCCUCUGAAGUGCAGCCUAGUAAUAGCCCCGAAGUAAAAGGAAAAGCACAUGGACCAGACAUACGUUCAUUUUUCCCAUUCAGUGGCACCGGUUACAGACUCGGUGCGCCCAGCCAAACCUCCAUCUUGGUGAAUGUCCAUAGCGUUCCUUCGUCUUCCAGUAAAGCCUUAUCCAGCUCUCCUGUAAAGCCAGUUCAGACCACCAGUGCCUUGUCCUCUCUUACCAACAAGAGCAUGAACCCAAGGCCCAACCUACCCAAAGUGUCUGUGGCAAACACCAAAGCAUUCAAACAAAUCAAUGGAUCCCCAGUAAGAAUCCCUGUGAAAGACUGGAACACUUCCAAACCAUCAGGGUCAAAGCUUGGCACUCUUGAUGGCUUUACCCAGAAGAGGCUUUCAUUUGCACUUCCCACCUCAUCUCAGGGUGCCCCACCUACCUCCCAGGGAUCAAGCCAUGAUCAGAGUCAAGACCGACCUCCAAAAAGACCUCGUCUGGACACCAAAACCUUGAAUGACAAUUUCUCAGGUGGAAACUCCUUUAAGGAAGAACCAGUCAUAGUUCUAGAUGGUGGUCCAUCAUCUAACCCUACAGCCAGCAACAGCAGUCAGAGUAAGAUGGUGAACUGCCCGGUAUGUGCGGCAAAGGUUUUAGAAACAAAGAUCAAUGAACAUCUGGACAACUGCUUAAAUAGCUAAUACAGACGAGCACUGUUGCCACCUAUCACAAGGGUGUCCUGUGUCUUAUUCCACAUUCCUUGACUAUCUUGUGGAUGUUCAAGUAAUUCCCACACUACUGCUGCUGAAUAUCAUGAUGUGGUCUAUACCACGGACCACUGAGGAAGUGGUAGACUUGACGACAAGUCAGACAGACUUUAAUGGCCACUUUUUAUUUUGGUCAUCUUUGAUGCCUUUUGUAUUAAUCAUAAGUCCUUGAGUCAUCGUCCUCUCUGCUGAUUAGUAGUAGUAUAUGGUACUAGACAGCUGGGUGACAACCAGUAUGGCUGCCAUAAAGCUUUCUUAACGAGCCUGAGCAGGAUUAGAGAAACAUGGCUACUUUCUUUGAGAAAUAGCGCCACAUUUGUCCACAGGUUGUGUGUGGUAUUGAGGUGAAUGGGGUUGAGCUGUAAUGCCUGUGGAUAGGUGUGACAUCUAGAACCCCAGCUUAGUGGGCACCCACUUAGCUGUUCCCAUAGUGUUGUAUAAAGUGCAUUGCACUUACACUGGUACACACUGUAGAUCUGCUGGUGUGGAGGCACUGGGGCGUCCCUGUGGUUUAACCUCUACCAAUGUAAUAGCAUUUAUCCUGUGAACAGAUGAAUCAUGUUUAUGGUUGGAGUACCCCUUUAACAAAUUUGAUGGCUCGGGAAUCUAGGUGAGUUGCAGUUACUCAAUCAAUUUGCACUUUGUAUUCUAUGGAAUGACAGAUCUGCUGAAACUACAUCAUGGCUGCCUUAUUGGUUAUCGACCAGCUUUCCUAGAACUGAGGACAAUUUAAGGACUUGUAUUUACAGGUGAUUUUAUUAAUGCUUGCUCAGUGGGCACUGUGUUAUUCAGUGACAUUUUAAUUGUCCUGCGCAUCGAUGUUGGGUGCAGGAUUUUCUCGCUUGAUACCUACCGCAUGCAGCUGUUCACUUGCUUGUUUUUUUUUUUAUUCCCCUUGAAACAGUGCCACCAUCUUGUCCAUAGGCGGUGACUAGUAUUGCAGCUCAGCGCAACUCACUCAAUUUUUAUUUAAUUUUUUUAUUUUGUGCCAGCAACCUGCCCCCUGAAACAGGAGAUUCAUACUUACCUGCUCCACACCGCUCCAGUCUUUCUUUUGCAUUGUCUCCAUUUCCUGGUCCCCGCACAGUUUUCUUUCGGCUGUUCAUGGUCAGCCAAUGACUGACUUCAGGGGUAUAAUGGCCACAAGUUGCACAUCACUGCUGAAGCCUUUCUUUGGCUGCAGCGGUGCAUGUGACCAUGCCCAUGCACUGCUGGACGAGAACAGUGCAGCGACCAGAAGAUGGAGGCGGUGUGGAGCAGGUAGCUAUGAAUCUUCUGUUGCAGGGGGCAGGCUGCAGGCACUUGCUAAAAUAUAAGUAUUACUGCAGAACCCCUUUUAAAGGGGUUAUCUGGUUUCAGGAGGAACCUUUACAACCCUUGGGAUCCACCUGCACUAAAGAACUGGUGGAAACGUUCAUGAAAGAUCUUGUGCCUCUCCUUCAGUUUUCCCAAUAGCACAUGACCACUGCAGCCUAUCACUGGCAAUACCAGACACCGCCUAUGGAUAAAGUUGGUCCUGUGUGUUUCUAGCUUUACUUGGCUGGAGUAGUAGUCACUGAAUGAGGAUUUCCACAGAAAUUACCUUAAUGGUGAAACAAUGUUUGGUUUUAUCUUUUCUAUGUUAAAUUGAAAAAAAUGUUUUAUUAUAAUAUUGAGUGAAUGGUUUUAUAAAGUUCUGUGUUAUAAACAAUAAAUAAAUUGGCAGAGUGUCUGUG